AUUAAACAUGUUUGAGAAGGGUUUGAUAAAAAAAGAAGAAAACAUGUUUCAGGAGGAGAAGAGAAAGACAAACUAUGGAGCAAUGUGCUUGGUUUGCUUCUUUUGUUGUUUCUUUGCAUUCCAAUUCAUGAAACUUGUAAUAACACAACCUUCAAUAGCAACAUCUUCCAUUUCCGUUAUUGAUAGCCCAAUCUCCGCCGAUAAGCUCUCUGACAGGAGAGAAUUGUGGAGAGUUAGUCAACCGUCUACGUAUUGUCUCAAAAUCGAAUCUUUCACAAAACUCGCCACUUCUCCAAACGUCGAGAAGUACAAAACGCGUCCUUUUCAAUCCGGUGGAUACAACUGGACAUUUAUUGUCUAUCAUAAAGGAAACGUUAAGGAUGGUGCUCCAGCUGAUUGGGUUUCAAUGUACGUCCAAAUAGACAAUUCAGCACUAUUUAACUCUCCUAAAGAAGUUUACGCAGAAGUCAAAUUCUUCAUUUAUAACCGGAAAGAGGACAAGUACUUCACUGUAUCAAGACAGAUGCAAAACGCUUUUUUUCUGUCCAAACCAUACUGGGGAUACGGUAACGUUAGAUCCUACGGCGAAGUAGCCAAUCCAGAUGCUGGUUGGCUUUUCGACGGUGACAGUGUUUUAUUCGGUGUCGACAUAUUUGUCACUGAAGUUUUUAACAAAAUGGAAGUGUUCUCCUUCACUAAGAAUUUGCAUAACCGCCUUCUCAAGUGGACGAUAUCCAACUUCUCCUCACUAGAGCAAAAUGUCUAUCUAUCUAACAUGUUGUUGAUCGGAGGAAGAAGCUGGGCUCUGAAAAUGUAUCCAAGAGGCGAUGGGGAAGGACAGGGUAACUCGUUGUCGGUAUAUGUUAUUGCGCCUGAUUUUAAGCCUUAUGAAAGAGUUUACCUAAAAGCUAAAGUACGAAUUAUAAAUCAGAAGUACUCUAAAGAUAUGGAGACGAACGUCGAAAGCUGGUCGGAUCAAGCAAGUAGUUGGGGAUUCCAGAGGUUUGUAUCGUUUGCUGAUCUGCAGGAUACUUCUAAAGGUCUUCUCGUGAAUGAUACAUUGAAGUUAGAGGUCGAAUUUGAAGACUUAUCUAACACUAAAUACUUUCCAAGUUAAGUUUUUGCCUUAUGCGAACUACCAGUCGAACCAGAGAGUUUUGAACAAGACCAGAGAACCAUACCGAAGUUACUUGGAUUAGUCAACCGAAUUCACAUAUUUAUGUUUUAAAUUUAAGUGUGUUUUGUGUUAAUAAUUGGAGGAUUGGUCUUCCUUAUGUAGGAGCCUAUCUACCACUUUUCCCAAUUCUCCAUGCUUUUUGUGUGCUUGUUUCCUAAUUAAAUAGAUGAAAACCAAGAAUAAAGGCA